CUCGCUGUUGUCGUCUUCCUAAUUCCAUAAUUUCAUACUUCAUUUCUCAAUGUAAAUCUCAUCCAGAUCACACAGCAAUGGUUUCCGUAAUCUCAAAAUGAUAAAAUUACAGUAGCUGCCACUGUGCUUAACGAGGUACCUCUUCUUCUUCUUCUUCCUCUUCCUCUUCCUCUUCCUCUCUCGACGCUAUGUUCAAUUCAUACGCAAACUCAGUUCUAUGGCCGAUUAGAAGUAGAAACUACCAAGAUUACUGCUCUUUGCUCCCCGAGAGAUCUGAAACUUACCCAUUUGCGCAAGCGUCUACAUCGUCGAGAUGUUGCUGUGCUAGUUCUCGCUCACGCUCAAGCCCUCGCUGCUGCUGCUAUUCAACACCAUCCUCUUCCUUUGUGAAGCCUAAGGUAUCGAUAAACCCUGGAUUUGUGCUUUAUGGGCUCAGACAAUCCACACUUAUCCAGUGGCCUUCGUUUCGAAGGAGGUUACUUGUUGGUGUGGCCGAUGGGCAUUGCUGUGAAUCUGAGGUUUAUUCUUCUUGUGGUGGCACCAGAAGAAACCGAGGAUUUAGGCUUAGGACUUUGGAAGAAUGUGGUAGAAGUGUUACUGAUGAUGUAGAUGCUAUGAUUUCGUUUUUAAGUGAGGAACUGAUAGAUGAUGAUGAGAGAAAUUGGAACUCAGUUAGUAGAAUUGAAGUGAAGAAGAAAGAGAGGUAUGGUGGUGGUGAGUUCCAUGGUGGAAAUGUGAGAAAGGUUAAGAAGAGACAUGAGAGAAACACAGAAGAUGUGAAGUUAGAGGAGAAAUAUGAUUGUGAGCAUUGUAGGGGGAGAAAGAGAACUUCUCAGGUAGAGAGUGACGCUUAUAGGAGGAAGGAAGAAAGAGAAGUUCCACCAAGAAGAACAAAGAGCUCGAGUUGCUCGUCGUAUUAUUCACUUGCGUCUUCAGAGGAUUUCGAGAGUGACACUGAAGAUCAAGACGAGGACGUGGAGUUUCGUCGCGAAAGGCUAACAAGUUCGGAGAAGAAGGCAGUUCAACAGUCAACCAAAUCUAGCAAGGAAGCCUCUCAGUUGCAUUUGAGGAGAAAGAAAGACGAGAGCUCCAAUGGCGUGGGUUCAAGCUAUCGCAAGCAGGUCUUCGAGGAAGGGGAAAAUUCAAAUCAGGCAGUGAAUUUGAACCAGAGAAGAAGAAAGCAGUCUAGUCAAACUGGUGAUAGAGUGUCUGAAUCGACGGGAAAUUAUGAAGAAGAUAUGGUCAUUCAUGAGAUCCAUGUCAACGAUGAAAGGGAGAACAAUAGAGUCCCCUCAAUUCGUAAUGAUUCUGGAAGAGAAAACGUUGAGAGUUCUCAGCAGGAACUGGAGGAAAGAUUGAGGGCUCGUUAUAGCAGCAGUGAGGAAAGAGUGUCUGAAAUGAGGAGAAGAGCCAAAUAUAGCAGUAGCCAAGAGGAUGGUGUAAACGUGCUCCAAAAUUUUCCAGAGGCGACAAAUAAUCAGCAACCUCUAGUGGAAGAAAGGAUAUCUAAGCAAGGUGGUACUGAACGCUUCUCUGAAAAUUCAGAGGUUCAUGACAUUGACAUCAGAAACACAUAUGUCUCGCAAAGGGAAGAGCGGAUAAGAAACCAGGAAGUACAUGCUGGCUUGGUUUCUGGUUUGCAGUCAGAAGGGAAGCAGCAAGAUUAUCGUAUUGAACAAAUUCCCUUGCAAAAGAUUCAACCUGACAAAAGUUCUGUGCCUGUGUCUAAUACUAGUGAUGCAGAAAGGUAUACAGAAAUUAAGAGAAAAUCUGAGAAGAGGCUAAUUGAUCAAGGAAGGACUACGUUUGUGCAAUUAGACAGGAAAGGAGAAAAAAGCGGUGCUUGGAAAGACUCUAGGCUAGAUCAUGCUAGCUCGAGAAAAGAAGGACAAAAGGCCUUAAGGUUGCGAAGUUCUCAGGAAAAGUUAUCUGAAGAGGCUUCAAGUUCGAAAGCAUCUUCGACUAUGGUCUCGGGAAAUAGAAUGCAGCUUGUAGAUCUGGUUUCAGAGGCGAUGCAAGGAUCUGAAACAACACUGGUUCCUCCUUCAUCUCAGCUGGUAAGCAGAGGCUCAGGGCAAAGUUAUGGAACUGGUGGAGCUUCCGUUCAAGAAAUUUCCCACGGAACGUCAGAAAGUAGUUAUCCUACAUCCUUUGAACAUCCAAGAGCUGGAGCUUCUGUUAAUAGUCAGUCUGCUGGAGAACUGAUGAGAUUUACAGGACACGAAGAUGCUCUAGGUUCUGCUCAUCGGUCAGAACAGUCAUCAGAGAAAUUUAUUGGGGAGUUUGUGAGAAAGGCCAAGCAUGAAGUAUCAACAACUCCGGAUACCGAGGAGCGAAGAACUGAAAGCAAUCAGUUGAAGAGGCGGGACUCAAAGCGAUCAUCUGGUGGUUCAGGAACAAAGGGACCUUCAGAUGAAAUGUGGGUCACGGAUUCUGCUCAGGGAACUCCUCAACCAGGAGCCACAGAAGGCAAUGCAGCAGAGGGAAAUGCUAUUUUCAAAAGAAAUGGUAGGUCCUUGUGGAGCGUUAUCGCCGAUAUUGCUCGGCUUAGGUGGGGUUCACGAGCUGGAAGCCCUGACUCUAGUGCAAAGCCCGAUUCAGUUAGCAGUGCAACAUGGUUUUCCGGACGUGAACAUGAUGGAAGCAGCGAUGAUAACACAAAGGCGGAUAAAUUUUUGCUACAAGAAGCUGCUUCCCCACAUCAACUGGAGAUUGAACAAACUUCUUCAAGGAGCCAAUUAGAAUCUUCUGACUCUACUGAGCUGAAGCAGCAAUAUGUGAGGCCUGAAGGUGUAGUAGUAUCAUCGCCAUCUCCCACAAUAUUAGAAAGUGGCUCUGCGCCCUCUCGCAUGUCUUCCACACCUGGUGAUCAAAUUGUUGCCGUGGAUGAAGAAGAUGGCAGAGACUUCGAGUUUCGUCUUUCUGAAACAGCUUCAGCAGAGGUGCCAAUGAGACUUCCUAGUCGAAGCCUGAAAAGAUCUCCUGCUAUCAAUGAUCCAUCAGAAUCUAGUCCCACCGAGUUAUCUAGCGAUCAAAAUGUUGUUAUUCUGGGAGAAGGAAGACGCUACCAGGCUCGUGUUCCUGAAAUGGAUCCAGCAAAAAAGCCGUUAGUAUUUCCAGGUCGCAACCUAAGGUCUCCUGUUGUAAAGGAACCUUCACAACCCCGCCCCACCAUGUUAGCUGGAAGUAGUAGUAGCUUAAGAGAGCAGGUGGAACAACAACAGCCUCUAAGUGCAAAGUCCCAGGAAGAAACAGGCUCGCCAUUGACACAAAGGAAACUUCAGAGGAACAAACAGGUUGUGAGAGACAGUUUUGAGGAGUGGGAAGAAGCAUACAUAGUAGAAGCAGAAAGGCGUACAGUAGAUGAAAUGUUCAUGAGGGAAGCAUUAGUAGAAGCUAAGAAAGCUGCUGAUAUAUGGGAAGUACCUGUCGGUGCUGUGCUUGUGCAUGACGGGAAGAUCAUCGCUCGGGGUUUUAACCUAGUAGAGGAUCUUCGGGAUUCAACCGCACAUGCAGAAAUGAUUUGCAUUCGAGAGGGUUCCAAAGUACUUCGUUCAUGGAGGCUUGCGGAAACAACGCUCUAUGUAACACUAGAACCAUGCCCAAUGUGUGCGGGAGCAAUACUUCAAGCAAGGGUCAAAACUCUUGUGUGGGGUGCUCCCAAUAAGCUUCUCGGAGCAGAUGGUAGCUGGAUCAGGCUGUUCCCUGGAGGCGAAGGAAACGGAUCAGAAGCUUCAGAGAAGCCGCCGCCUCCGGUUCAUCCAUUCCAUCCUAAGAUGACAAUCCGUCGUGGAGUUCUCGAAUCGGAAUGUGCUCAGACGAUGCAGCAGUUUUUCCAGCUGAGGAGGAAGAAGAAAGACAAUAACUCAUCAGAACCUCCCGCUCCUACUGAUCGUCAUCAUCACCAUCAUCAUCCUUCCAAGCUCCUCAACAAGAUGCAUGGAAUCUUACCGUUCUUCUGUCUGUAGAAGCUUAUGUUUGUUUAACGCAGCCAAGGCCAAGAACAAGUUUUGCAUCUUGAUCUGUUCAAAAUUGUAUAUUUAUGUCCACUGUUUUGUUGAAAUCUGAAGACCAGGUUUGUUCAUUGUAAUGCCAUUGAUUGUAAUGUUAUGCACCAUUUCUAUAUGAAACACAUGUUUUUAUUUUUUCCUUGUUUAACUAAUCUCUCUUGAUAACUGAUUUAGACUCCUUACCA